AAAAUCACAUUCCAGGCAUUCCGCGUCGACGCCUGACGUCACGCACAGGACCGACCACAGGAGAUGAGGACGGCGCCGCUUCCUUGUUCGCCGGUGUACCUGGUCCUGCGGCUGAGCAGCGGAAAAAUAAAGGGGUAAAAAUAAAAAACACCACUCCGUUUCUGCAAGAAAACUGCGGUUCGUCGCCAGCCAAUAUACAGUAUCUCGUCUGCCGUUACGGUAAUUCCAUAAUAAGGUGCAACAGCCACAUUUCCUCUGCUACGGACCCGGCGGCAGCAUGCAAUUGAGACACUAGGGUCUCUCUCGACUGUACACACACAGAAGCCGCUGCUCAAUACUACAGCCGGCUGACGUGCUCAGGGACUUCGGCGCUCUGCUCCUUUUUUUUUUCCCUGUUCUGCCAGAGAUUUUUUUUUUCCUUUUCUUUUUUUUUUUUGGACGAGUAGUCGUUGACUGCAGGAGGGAAUUGCUGUAAAUCUCGGCGGAGAGGACGAGAGAGACGAGUAGUGCCAGCGCACAGUACAGUACAGCACAGUGCGGGCUGGUGGCAGUACAGUGUGUGAGAGAGAGACAGGAGAAAAGACAAGACCAAGGGGGUUGGAAACGGAAAACGGAGGUAACGAGACAGGGCUGCUGCCCCCCGGUUUAGUGGAGCCCUUGAGCGCCAAGCUAGCCGGUGUCAUUUUUUUUUCUCUCUCCCCCCGCCUCUCGGUCGUCUCUCUCCCCGCAGAACAACUCUCUUCUCUCCUCCCUCUUGCCCUGAUUGUAAAAUCUCACACGAGGUCACAGAUUAGCCUCAUCUGGAGGGUGAAUUCGCUCGGAAAAGCGGAUUUAACCGUAAGACUCAUCACGCUCUUUUCCUUUACGGAUUUUUUUUUUGAAAAAAAAUUGUGUGUGUGUAAAGACGAAGCCUCCCUUUGGAUUUACAAGCUUGCUUUUUUUUUUCCCUCCUCACACCCACUCUCCCUCCUCCUCUUCAUUAAUCCGGACAGCCAGCGCAAAUGCAGAGCCCCGGCUCUCCCAGCUACCUGUGCGGGUAACCCGUGAGCCGCUCCGGCCUAGCUGCGCGACCGGAGGAGCCGAGCCGAGCCGAGCCGGCGGCGGCGGCUGGAAACAUCGCCCGGUCCUAGCCGAGCCUGAAGCAGGCCCCGUAUGCCGUUGUCACUGGGAGCCCUCUUUCCCAUCACCUCGGACAGGUUGUGAAAGGGGAGAGGAAAAGACGGAGCCCCGGCACUCUCCGAUUCGGGUGUUUUUUUUUCCCCUCUCUUCCUUGAUGUCAUAUUUCCUCUGAAUUGGCGAGCAAACAUGAUGCCGGUAUGGCAGAAGUGAAUGUCCAGAUGAUCCUGACUGUGUACCUGAGCAACAGCGAGCAGGUGCUGACGGAGGUGCCCAUCACACCGGAGACCACCUGCCGGGACGUGGUGGAGUUCUGCAAGGAGCCGGGCGAGGCCGGCUGCCACCUGGCGGAGGUGUGGAGAGGCAAUGAGAGAGCCAUACCCUUCGACCACAUGAUGUACGAGCACCUGCAGAAGUGGGGGCCUCGGAGGCCGGAAGUGAAGUUUUUCCUGCGUCAUGAAGAAUCUCCCACGGAGAGCGGCGAGCAGGGUGGCCAGCAGUCCCAGGACCAGUCCAACAGAAGAAAUGGUGUCAGCCUGCCUGCGGAGAAGCCGCUAGAGAUUGGGGUGGGAAACCCGCGAGUGGAGCUGACUCUCUCGGAGCUGCAGGAGAUGGCCACCAGGCAGCAGCAGCAGAUUGAAGCCCAACAGCAGAUGCUUGUCGCCAAGGAGCAGCGGCUGAGGUACCUGAAGCAGCAGGAGCGGCGCCAGCAGCAGGCCGUGUCGGAGAGCGAGAAGCUGCAGAGGCUGAAGGAACGCGUGGACAGCCAGGAGGCCAAGCUCAAGAAGAUCAGGGCCAUGAGGGGCCAGGUGGACUACAGCAAAGUCAUCAAUGGCAACCUCUGUAUGUUCCCCGCCUCCUCAGCUCACACAGACACAUUGAGGACCAGCCCUUGGAUUGUCAAGAUGAUCAUUAAUUAUAUUCGCAACAAGCUGAACCAGGAGCAGAACACCAAGCUGCAGCAGCACAAAGACCUGCUCAACAAGCGCAACAUGGAGGUCACGCUGAUGGACAAGCGCAUCGGGGAGCUGAGGGAGCGCCUGUAUAAGAAAAAAGCUGAGGCACGUCAAAAAGAGAACAUCCCUCUGAACAGGAUCAACGGGACGCCCCCCCCCCAGCCAGCUCAGGGCAGCUCGGGGCGCGUGGCCGCUGUGGGGCCCUACAUCCAGGUGCCGGCCCCUGGCAGGCAGGAGGGCAGCUACGCCAUCCCCGCCGAUCCGCUGAAGCCCCAGUCCCUCACGGUGUCGGCCACCGCCACCCACGCCAGGUCCAAAUCAGAGACAGAUGGGCGCGGUGUGAGAAAGUCUGCCGGCCCCUGGAAGGUCUCUGAUUUAGACAUCAUAGUGGAUCCCGUGUUGCCAUCACCUACUGCUGCUCUGCAGUCUCCCGAUCUCAGACACGGGCACUUGGCGUCCCCUCUGCCUGACAGUGUGUCCUGUGAUCCCGCAGCUAAUGAUGCCACGUGGCCCACCCUCACCAAGCAGGCGUCCUCUUCGCUGAAGCCGCCCAGUAUGGACUGGAAGGAAUCCAACAUGGACACAGCUGCCAAGCCGGGGAGCGCGCAGCCCGGCACCCCCACUUCUGCCCCAGACAAGGGCUCUGACCCCUGCAAGGCCGCCCCGCCUGUGCCCGCCCUGUCCAAACCGCCGCCCCCGAGCUAUGGCACCUACCCCAGCCCGGUGCUGCUGCCCGCGGGCUCCUCCAGCUCCCUGGAGCGCCGGAAGGACGGCAGCCUGCCCAGAGCCGGUGCCAGCUCCGCCGCCUGGCAGAGACCCGCGGCCCCGCCGGGCUCCUCCCAGCAGAUCCAGCAGCGCAUCUCCGUGCCCCCCAGCCCCACCUUCCAGCCCGCCGGCUCGCCGCUCUUCCCCCCCGGAGAGGCGCGGCCCGACCCGCCGCUGGCCGUGGCGGUGCGCCCCUUCAUCCCCGACAAGGGCUCGCGGCCGCAGUCGCCCCGCAAGGGGCCCCCCACCGUCAACUCCAGCUCCAUCUACUACAUGUACCUGCAGCAGGCCGUGCCGCCCAAGACCUACCAGCCCAACAGCAAGUCCGCCGUCAAAGCAGUGUACGGGAAACCAGUGCUGCACUCGGGCUCGGCCUCCUCCUCCCCGCUGCUGUUCCUGCAGGGGGCGCCGUGCCCGGGCGGCCAGCAGGGGAGCGAGGAGGGGGAGCCGGAGGGCCAGCCCGCGGGGCCCCGGGAGGGCCCCCCCAGCGUGGACAACAUCCCGCGGCCGCUGAGCCCCACCAAGCUGACGCCCAUGGUGUACUCCCCGCUGCGCUACCAGAGCGACGCCGAGCUGGAGGCCCUGCGCAAGCGGCUGGCCAACGCGCCGCGCCCGCUGAAGAAGCGCAGCUCCAUCACGGAGCCCGAGGGCCCCAGCGGCCCCAACAUCCAGAAGCUGCUGUACCAGCGUUUCAACACGCUGGCGGGGGGCAUGGAGAGCGCGGGCGGGGGGGGCACGCCCUUCUACCAGCCCGCGCCCCCCCCGGACUACAUGGGCGGGGUCCUGGCCGACGUCGACAACGGCAACACCGCCAACGCCAACCUCCCCGAGCCGCCCGCCCUCUCCCCGGCUCCGGCUCCCGAGCCGCCCCCGCCCCAGACCACGGAGGACAGCAACAACAAUCCCGCGGCCCCCCCGCGGCCCGCCGACACCUUGCCCAGCCCGAUCCCCGAGGCCAGCAGCCCCGAGGAGGCCGGGACGCCACCCCAGCCCUCCGCCUCCGCGGCCCAGCCUGCGGUGAAACGCACCAACCUGAAGAAGCCCAACUCGGAGAGAACCGGCCACGGGCUCCGUGUCAAGUUCAACCCGCUGGCUCUCCUGCUGGACGCCUCCCUGGAGGGGGAGUUUGACCUGGUGCAGAGGAUCAUCUACGAGGUGGAGAACCCCAGCACCCCCAACGACGAGGGCAUCACGCCUCUGCACAACGCCGUGUGCGCCGGGCACCACCACAUCGUCAAGUUCCUCCUCGACUUCGGCGUCAACGUCAACGCGGCCGACAGCGAUGGCUGGACGCCCCUGCACUGCGCGGCCUCCUGUAACAGCGUUCACCUCUGCAAGCUGCUGGUGGAGUCGGGCGCUGCCAUCUUCGCCACCACCAUCAGCGACGUGGAGACCGCCGCCGACAAGUGCGAGGAGAUGGAGGAGGGCUAUAUCCAGUGCUCCCAGUUCCUCUAUGGGGUCCAGGAGAAGCUGGGCGUGAUGAAUAAGGGCACCGUGUACGCCCUGUGGGAUUACGAGGCCCAGAACAGCGAUGAGCUCUCCUUCCGCGAAGGCGACGCCGUCGCCAUCCUGCGGCGGAAAGACGACAGCGAGACCGCGUGGUGGUGGGGCCGGCUCAACGACAAAGAGGGCUACGUGCCCCGCAACCUGCUCGGGCUCUAUCCCAGAAUAAAGCCAAGACAGCGUUCCCUAGCGUAACACCCGCGUGGGCAUCACUUGCACCCGUCCUGGGGAUUAACUGGACCUGGAGAGGGACACCCCGAAGUCGCCCCCAGACAGAGCGGGAGGAGAGGUGUGCGAAGGGGCUGCCAUCUCCUGUCAAAGUGGUGCUUUUCUCCUGACCGCUGGGGGCCCUUUAAAAACGAACUGUCCCCUCACAGCCGCCGGUGGCCACACUGGGAGUCGUCCUCAACACUGAAGAGAACAAUCUCUUUUUGAAGCGUACUGGAUAGAGAAGCUCUUCAGGAAGGAUGGGAUAAGGGUUUUAACUUCCUCUCCAUCUGCUCAGUGUUUUGUGUCCAGCUUUUUUUUUUUCUUUUUUUAAGACUGAGAUUCAUUCUUUAAGCUAAGGUUUUUUUUUAAAAAAAACUGGCCAGUCUCGUAUAGGAACACGGAUACUGACCCCAGUUUGUUUUUUUGGCAGAGUGGGGCUGUGAAUCGGAUGUUUUUAGGGAGUCAAAGGUGAAGUGUGCGAUAAAGGGGAGUGUCUGCAAGCAGGAUAGAGAGAACGAGUGAAGGUUUUACUGACACGGUUAGCUGGGAAGUGUGGUUAAAGAAACAAGCUGCUUUAAUUACAAUUAAUCUUAUGUAGCCCUUUGGCUACGCAAAGAGUUGAAGAAAAACUGACUAGAUAGACCUUAGGGAAGUUGAUGAAUUGAAAGAAUGGGGUUUCAAAUGAAGAAGAACAGUGCAGGUGAUUAAAUGUGAAGGGAAGUGUGUGUGUGGCAGUUGUAUGUCUUUAUUUAUUUGGUAGGAGCAUGUCUUCGAAGAGACCUUGAGAGGCGUCUGUGAAGCGGAAGUUGUGAGCAAGUGGAAUGUCUGGUGAAGGCCAGUCUCUGUGUUCCUCAUGUAGGCCAUGGCCGGAGGUGAAUGCAAUAACGAACUUCAGCUUCGUUAGCUGAACACAGCACUAAGAACUGCAAAAUCGAAAUGCUUUUAUAUAAGAGACUUUCAUGGAUAUUUUCCAUAGGAGUUAGAUGUUAUUUUCCAUAAACAACAGAAUUUGUUACAUAACAUCCUCUGACUUGCUUUUUCAUGUUUUACGGUCUUGUCAUUUUUUUACCCAUCCAAAGCAGUGCUGUAAAGAGCUUAACCACUAAGUAUUCCUGUAAAUACUGUGGUGAGAAUAGAUGAUGUUUGACUAUUAUCUGCUGUAUGAAAAUGUAACUGAACUGCAGUUUCUGUAUAGCUGUAUACACAAGUAGUGUAAGUACAGAUACACUACUUACACAACCUGUUAUGUAAAUGUGCACAAUAAAAUACUGCUGUGGCAUGAAGACUA